AUGUAUAUGUGGAUGAUCCUGCCUAUUCCACAAGAUUCCGAGUUUCCAUUGCCCAACACUGGAUCGUCCGCCACAUCUUCCACAACAACUUUGAAUAGCUCACGUGUUUCAGGAUCAGGAUCAGGAUCAAACUCAGGAUUAGCUACUGGUAGAAAUACUACCACGAGAAGAAGAGGAGGUGCACGUCCAGUAACUGAUUCUAUGAUUGAAGUGGUUCAAACUAUUGCGCCUAGUCUCACAGUUGAACAAAUUCGCUAUGAUUUAGAAGCUACCGGAUCAGUCGAGGUCACGAUCGAUAAGUACAUGGAAACAGGCACAUUACCAUUCCCACCUGGGUACGUUGCUCCUCGUGCAGAACCAGCACUGGCUUCAAACGAAGAAGUGAAUCAGAAAAAGGAAAAGAGUGUGAGUGAACGAGAAACAAUAGAUUUGAUCAAGAGAUACGGUAUUGAUAUCAAUAACCCUGUAAGUGGAAAUGAGGAUAUAUUUAAAAAUAGGAGGAAUGAAAUGAUUGUCAAUGCGAGAAAGAGAUUGGCAGCACAAUUACAAAAUCAGAAAAUUUAG